AUUGAUAAACAUGACUUCUUAUACAGUUUUUCUGGUUUUUACGAUAUGUUUGGGAACAUUGUUCAGAUAUAGUUUAGCUUGUAGUGAAAUUAUACAAAAUGUGUCUAUUGAAGUGGAAGAUAAAGAUGGAGAGUGGUCUAAUAUAACUUUGAAUGGAUGCAUACAAAGAUCAAAUCUUAAUGGUAUAACAGUCAAGGAGAUUCGUAUUAGACAUCAAAACAUUUCCAAAUUGGGCAAAGAUUACGUGAAGCAUUUGAUCAAAUUGGAUACUUUGGUAUUUGAAGAUUGUCAAAUCGAGUCAAUAGCACAAGGAGCUCUAAGAAAUUUACCAGUCAUCAGACAUGUUGAAAUUACGCACAAUCCUAUUAAAAAAAUUACUGGAGGUAUAUUUGACGUAUUUGACACAAUCAAGGUUCUAAGACUGAACAACAACCAAAUAAGUUACAUUACCGAUGAAGCUCUAUCAAAUAUGACGGUAACCGAAGUAAAUUUUAGUCACAACAAUUUCUCAAUAUGGAAAAGCGUUUGGUUCGCUCAUUCACCUUAUAUCGAGAAACUGGAUUUUUCUUUCAACGUCAUUACAGCUGUACCGAAACGAGCAUUUGACGGAAUGCCUGUACUGAAAGAACUUAACUUCGAACAUAACAAAAUAUCCGCCAUAGGUUCCGGUGCCUUUAGAAAAUUAUCGUCGCUACAAGUUUUAAAUUUGCGCAGUAAUGUUUUAACAACAAUUAAUGUCGAUGUAUUUGGUGAUAGAAUAUCGAUAAACAGUAUGAAUUUGGCUUCCAAUCGCUUUAACGAUAUACCAAUUGAUAUUUUUGGAAAGUUGAAACUUAAAGAAAUUUCACUCAGUCGCAAUCCAUGGAUAUGUCCUUGUUUAAAUAAAUUAUAUAAUUUGUUGUUUAAUAAAAGGGUUAAAGUUGUGCCGGCCGAUAAUUGCAAGCUAGAUCAUUUACCGAUUUGUAUUGUAAAUGACGUAUGCGGAUUUCCUCAAAGUAAUAGAGGCAUUGUACAGUUUUAUAGUAUCAUAGAUAAAUUGCAAGAUGUUGAUAGAGAAUGCAUUGGGUAUCAAUGAUAUACGAAAGCACACACACUAAACACUAUGGUUGUUUCAAAAUAGAUAGAAAUAACCAUUUAAAUAUAUUGGUAAAAUAUUGUCAUAAAAAAAUUUUCUAUUUAUCAAUAGAAAUAUUCUGCUUUAGUAUGACUUGCUUGUUUGCCUAAAAAUUAUAAUUUUUUGAAUACGAGUAUUUGACUGCAAAUCAACUCACUUCACUUCAACCUUGCAGCCCCUAAAUAAUUUUUUAAGACCUGCAAGUUAGGUUAGGUUAAGUUAGGUUAGGUUAACAGGGUGAUCUCCACUUUUCAGCCGAGAUUCACUCGAAAGCCUUAGGCUCAUUGUGAUGCUCUUGCCGACUUUUCAGUCAGCACCAUUUCACUACCCUUCCCUAUCUCGUCCGUUGCCAGGUCCUUGUCCCCUUUACAAGCUUUUUCAGGUUUCAGGUCCUGAACACCCAGCUCCGCUGCUUCUUCCAGACAUUCCAAUGCUUCACUCCCCAUGCAUGCAUUGUCUCUUCCUCUUCACUGCAUUCUGCACAGAGAUCGUCGGUUCUGAUACCUAUUUUCCUGAGUUUAAAGCCUACUGUGCAGUGAUCGGUAAUCACUGCUAGGCUUUCCCAUAGCCUAACAGUUCUGUUGUCUUCCUCUUCUGUAGCACCGGCCACAAGGAGCGUGAGAUGGCACAGUCAUCUCUAUUAUUUCAUCUCUUGCCGUGCUCUCCCUCUAAUAUUCUAUCUAUCGUGUCUCUCAUCAAUUUGAUCGGUGGUAGUGGCAAGCCCAUCGCUUCGUCCCCGCUCCUGGUCGUUCCCAAUUUAGCUAGUUAGUCUGCUAUUUGAUUCCCUUCUACAUUGCUGUGUCCAGGUAUCCAGCAAAGUCUAACCUUUCGGUCACGAAUACUUGACAGAGCUUCGCGGCAGCUCACCACUGAUCUAGAUCUCACUGCCGUAGACGAUAAUGAUCUCAGAGCCGCUUGGCUAUCCGUGUAGAUUGUGAUGUCACGCACCGUUUCAUUUCUGCUUCACGGAUUAGUUCCGCGGCUAGUUUUAUUGCCCGCAGCUCGGCUUGCAUUAUGUUGCCGCCAUUUCUAAGCCUCAAGGAUUCCCUUAUUCCCAGAACUUCGGAGUAUACUCCCGCUACCGUCCGUUCGUCUUUUACGGAGCCGUCCGUGAAAAUUGAGUUACUUACUGUUCCUGGGUUCUCUUCCCAGUCCUCUCUCGUUAAUAUGAGGACGUUCAGAAGACCUGCAGGUUAUUAAAUAUAUGAAUUAUAUCUAAGUAUUCGAUUUCAAUGUCUUCUUCUCAGAUUAUUAAUUACAUGAAACAAAAACGAGGAAAAGCUGAGAUAUUGGUCUGUACUGUUAAAAUGAUCAAUCUGUUAGCUUCGUCAGUGAAUUAAUUUAUGUUUUCAUUCUCAUAGCACGACUAGAUGUAAAUGAAAAUAUCGCACAAAUAAUCUUUUUACAAAUCAAUCCAUGAGUGGGAGCACUUUCCAGAUAAUAUAUUGAAAUAUAUCCUAUCGAAUUCUAUGGUGUUAACUCAACGUUCAGCAAUCCCCUCGAGACCUUAGUAAAACCAUUCUUAAGACGGCAUUUUCAACAUCUCUUUUUGAUUCAAAUUUUUUCUCACGCAAUAAUUUCGCGAUGGAUCUGAAUAAAUAGUUAUGUGACGGUGCAAGGCAUGGACUAAGUGGUGGUAAAAAUUCAAUACCACCAAUUUCUCCGCACUUAUUCCGCUUAACAUCCAUAGUAUGUGGUUUAGCAUUCGGUUAAUUAAAUGUGGAUAUCAUCGGCUGCUCACUAUAUACAGUAAGUACACUAAACCUCGAUAUUUUCACCAGACACACAACAAGACUUUUGUUUCGUUUUGUUUCGAGUCGACACUCUUUGCGAUGGUUUCUGGUAGUUAUAUUUUAUCUAGCCACUGAUUUUCCAUGUCUGGGGUGUUAGAUCAAUCUAUUUUCAAUCGCAAGUAAUAAUGCGUCUAUUGAAAUCAACAUCUUUCGACAAGGCACGUACCUCUACUGGACGUUUCGCAUUAAUUUCGGUUAAUUCUUGUGGCACUAUUCGACAAGUUUUAUCAAUCUUACCUAAAGAUUUUGAAUUGCGAUGUAUGAAGGUCCAAGGAAGUUCGAUAAACGGCAACUGCUGGUACUAAUUUGAUUUUCUAGUGCUUCCCCAGGUGCGCAAGAUAUCAAAUUUUAAAAAUAAGGAGAGAAAAAUGUUAAUUGAAAUAAAUAAAUUAAAUAAACGCAUUACUUUUCGUAAAUUGUUUGCAAGACAUCAAAGUAUUUGGGAAAUUUGCAGCGUAUUUUUUUUCCAAAAAGACCAGUGUCCGAUCUGAUCUUGUCCGAUUGCAACUUAAGGAACUUGUAGUGCUGGUCUCUUAUGUAAUUAUAAUUGAAGGUUGAUUUCGAUAUAUCUACGGUUCUUCAUCUUCAAGUUGUAGCAAUGUCAAGUCAAGCAUCAGACGAGUUCAAAUGUUUUUCCUGCAAACCCUUAGCUUUAUGAAUUCUUGUGUGAAGAAGCCAUGGUUUUGCCAUAUUCAAGUCUUAUAUUCUCAUAUUUUCAAGCUACGGUUACCACAUCCAUACCGUUGACAUCAACAACAGAAUAACCUCUUUUUUGGAAAUUUAUUUGUCCGUACGAAGAAUCUGGAUACGAAGAUCAGAUUCAUUGGUCCGUACUACAUUAUGUAAGCCAGUCAAGGUUCACAAGGUCUUUGUGAUAUCAGUCAAUUUUUUGGCUUUUUUGUCAACCCGAAAAAGUCAUUCUAGAAGUAAGAAAAUGAACCAUGAGCCAAGGUACAAACAAUUAAGACAGUCAAACUCUUCAAAGGCAUUAAUAUAAAUAAAAAUCUACAAUACAUCAAAAAUUAUAUGUUUGUAUACAUUAUUUAUUGUCUUUCUCUCUUUUUCACAGAGUUUUAUUCAUUUAUAGGUAGUAAGUAGGUAGUGGAGACCACGUGAUUGACAAACAACUACUUUCACAUAGCACUAACGUCAUCUACAUGAUUUGUUUUAAACUAAGUCGGUUUGUUAUAGUUAUCUCACUCGAAAUGGGUUCGAAAUAAUAUUUAAAUUUCAAAUGGCUUGUGACGGGAAUGUCACAUGGCGCUAUAGAGUUUUAAUGAUCAACGUAACCUCUUUGUUUCAUAUAACCUAACCUUGGGUAUGGUUAUCGAUGGUUUGAUGUUAUCUAAACAUCGAUGGUUUCACGAAAAUAUCGAUGUUUCUUCAAUCGAUGAUUUUCUUUCGAUGUUUUGCUGUUAUCGAUGGUUUCAAAUAAACAUCGAUGUUUUGGUAAUUUCAAUAACUCCUAGUUGUUGAAAAGCUACUUCAAUUAAUAUAUUUCAAAUUUACCAAGACUAAUUAUUUCAUUAUUUGAAUCCCCUCCCAUAAAUAAAGAAGUUUGUGGAACAGGUGUACGUUUGGAGUGAAUUCAGAUCAGAAACAAUCGAUAGAUAAAUCAAUGCCCGAAGAACUGUCGUUAUACUUAAAUUCCCCAAACGAAAAGAUUCAGCAGAACCCUCUGGUUUCUUGGAAAAUGAUCCAUCUGAGUAUCCAUUCUCCCAAGCAGGUCUGAUUUUGAACUCUCUCAGAAAUCGCCUCUCAAAGGAUAUGGCUGCGAGCCUUAAAAUUUUUAUCUUUAAAUAUUAAUUGAUUAAUUGUUUUUUUUUCCUUAAAAUUUUUAUCUUUAAAUAUUAAUUGAUUAAUUGUUUUUUUUUUGUUUUUAAUUAUGAUUACAACUUAAAUUGUAAAAUUUAUUUCUUUUUAAUAAAGUUUGUUUUGAAGCUCAUAACCUU